GUGAGGGCUGGGAGAGGAAAGCCGAGAACUGCUGGGCUGAAUGUCACUGAACUGGAACCCAGAGUAGAGGGUGUGUCUGGGUUCCCCCACCCACCACUGGGGAAGUGGCACAAGCAGGGUAGUGAAUGGAAAGACCUGCCUGAGUCACUGUGAGAAUGGAAGGAUUGUACCCGGCAGGGGGAACGUUGAGUGACCUAGCUGGAGGACUGAGUCACUAAGAGGAUGCUGCUGUUCCUGGAUGAGAGAGGAGCUGCGGACCUGAGAGAGAGGUGCAGCGAUACAAAGGGGUGUUGACCUCAAGAGCUAAUCCCCAGAGUGACUAGGAGGAGGUGCCAGACAAGUGGAGAAAAGGGACCAGAAGUCUUUAGUGAAAAUGUUUUUCCACAUCCUCAUCUUUCUGACCGUCUUCUAUUUGUGGUGGAGAUGGAAGGCACAAGAUGCGCAGAAGAUUAGAGAUCUCACAGACAAAUAUAUAUUCAUCACUGGAUGUGACUCGGGAUUUGGAAAUCUGGCAGCAAGGACUUUUGAUAAGAAAGGAUUUCGAGUUCUUGCCAGUUGUCUGACUGAAGCGGGAGCAGUGGAGCUAAAAGCAGCAACCUCAGAGCAGCUCCAAACAGUGUUGCUGGAUGUGACAGAUCCAGACAAUGUUAGGAAGGUGGCUGAGUGGAUUAAAGCUGAAGUGGGGUCAGCAGGUCUGUGGGGGCUGGUCAACAAUGCAGGGAUUAUGGGACCAUCAGCGCCGACAGACUGGUUGAAUAUUGAGCACUUCAGAGCACCAAUUGAAACUAAUUUAAUUGGCCUCAUAAAUGUUACAUUACAUUUGCUUCCCUUGGUAAAAAAGGCCAGAGGGAGACUAGUAAACAUAUCCAGCACUGGAGGUCGCCUGGCAGUCUGGGGGGGUGGCUAUGUUCCUUCCAAGUUUGGGGUGGAAGGAUUUAAUGACAGUUUAAGACGGGACAUGAAAGCUUUUGGAGUUAAGGUUUCUUGCAUUGAACCUGGGCUGUUCAAAACUGGACUAUCCAAUCGAAAAAAGGUCAUCGAAGAAAGGGAGGCCAUUUGGAAUCAACUUCCUCCUGCCAUUAGAAAACAAUAUGGAGAGGGGUAUGUACAGAAAGAUGCAGCAAGGAAAGAAAAACUGGUUCAGAGGCUUCAGAACACAAACCUCUCACUGGUUGUGCAAUGUAUGGAGCAUGCGCUAACGAGCAUUAAUCCUCGCUCACGUUACUCCACGGGCUGGGAUGCGAAGCUUCUUUGGAUCCCCCUUUCCAGCAUGCCUGCAGCACUACAGGACUUUGUACUCCUGAGAAACAAAGCAGAGCUUGCUGACCCAACUGCGGGGUGAAUUCUCCUCCUUUAUUUACACUUUCCCAUUGAACGGGGGGGGGGGGCCCUGCUCUCUGAGUCAAUGAGAACCGGCCCGUUCUUUUAGCCCUCUGCCUGCUGAUCCAAACUGAGCCCGACACCUAUUUUUUUUAUAUUUCGAAAGGCUUUUAGAGUGCCUGUUUCUCAAAUCUGUGAUACAUAUUGUAGCCAGAUUUUUAAUCUUAUGUAUAAGCCAGGCCACAUUUAUCAAAGAAUCAAUAAAAAAGGAAAUGUUGCAAAGAAGUGACCAAUCCUUCAUGUGUCAUCCAGCUUUAAGCGCAUAAAGUGUUAUAAAGUGGGCCAAAAAUCACCAGCUACAAACCUUACAAUAUUUCGUGUUGGAUUUUUCUUUAGUCUGAAAAAUAUGAAUUAGAGAGGUCAAAAUGACCAGUGAUUUCGGGGGCUUACCUUGUGAAACCUAAAAGAUGCCAGGUUUGCAGUCCAUGCUGAGCACCCACACUCAGAUUGGGCACUUAGCAACUUUUGAAAAAUGUAGGCCUCAGUCUUUAGAUUAAAUUAUUUCCAGUCAAAGAGACAAUAACCCUGGUUUUGCUAAGUGCUGAGUGACUCCUGCAAGGGGGCUUUAACUUGUGUUAAAGUACAAGGGAAAUGAGGGCACAUAGUACAUGACAGGAGGAGCUCAGUAUUUUUCAGGAUUGGGCUCCUUUUGGAUUAGACAUGACCAGAGUGCUCCAGAACGGCACAAAAUUCACCUCAAAUCAUAACUGUUUAGUGGUUUGCCCAGGAAGUGGUUUUCCACUGGGCAGAAAACUGGCCAAUGGCAAAGCCAAAUGCUUUCUUUGGUCUGAUGAGUUUGUUGUGACAUGACUUGACUAAACAUUAAGCCACCCCGUGCCUGUCUAAACAUUGCAGUUUUCAAUUUAACUUCUCUGGGGCUUGCAAGGUAUCACUCUGCUUUCUGACUGCAGCUUGUAUUUAGUCAUCAGUGUGUUGAGUUAAUUUAUAUUUUGCAUGAACAGAAUUGUGUAGGGGUUAUUUCCUAUUAGAACAAAUUUGAGGUGUGCUGUACAUAUGCCUGUGGCUUAGCUAUUCUUACUGCAGUGAGUAUUAGUGGGCCUGCUAGUGUAGAUUUCUUUUAAAAAUGUUUGUACUCAUGAAGGCAAAGGGACAGAGUGGUGGGAAAGCAAACUCUUUUUCUUUAAAUCAUAGGCCAGAUAGCUGCGGUGUGAGCAUCCACAUGUUGCCACCCCACUAAUCUUAGCCUGGGCCUGGAAGAGCUGCUGGUUUUUUAAGCUAGAGGUCAGUCGGUUCUUAUGUUAGCCGAGUCUUUGGCUUCUACAGAACUGAGAUCACCAGACUGCGCUCAU